AUGUCAACACCUACGACGGCCACGGCCACGGUUCCGCAUUACCAUCCUCACCAUUAUCCUCAAUCAUACACGCAUUCGCAUACGCAUCACCAGACCUAUCAGCCAAAUCCCGCCGCCAAUUUUCGUUCGGCUGCUUCGAACCAGAAUAUCCUACCUCCUCCGGUUUCUUCGGCCGUGUCGCCCUCUCACAGUGCCAUUCUCCCUCCUCCUUACCAGCUCUCACCUUUGGCAUACUCAUCGUCGGGCUCGAAUGGAAUGGGAUUGACACACUCGUCAAAUUCUCGCCCUGCACAUCACGCCCAGGAACCCAGUCCGCGAAACGACGCGGCUUAUUCUGUUGGCAGCAUGGCUGAGUCUGCCGCUACUUCCACCGCGGAGCAGCCUUCGAGAAAGCGUCGACGCUCCCGAGAGCCCGACUGGUCCACCUUCUACAAAAAUGGCCUUCCAAAGGAAAUUAUCGUCAUUGACGAUACACCUGAGCCUGAAGCCAAUACUAGCCGAAAACUCACGAAUAGCACUGCUGUCGCGCCCAGCGAUAACACGACCCGUCAGGUGGCCAAGAAGAGGAGAAGAGAAGAUGAGUCUGGCACUGUCCAGGCCUCGGGUUACCACAUUAAAUAUAUGGAAUCACAAAAGAAUACCCCGUUGCAGAUGUCAACGCCAGCGGGCUCAUCCAAUUCCAGCAGCGACCGCAACAAUUCUGCCCUUAACACCACUGCACCCACUUCGCUGUCUUCCAAUGGCCAGUACGAGGAGACGCAGGCUCCCCUCAAGCGGAAGCGCACCCGUCAGCAGGUGGCUAACGAAGCCAAACGUCGCGACGUAGAUGGCCUUGGGGACAUCUUUACCUAUAAGCCUCCACCAUACCCUCCCAAGAAGGCAGGAGAGGUUAAUGUUCAGGUCAUCCAUGACCGACACUACAACAAGAAUGUCAAAGUUGAUGAUGAUGAUGGCCAUUACAUUGUUGUUCCCGAUGCUGAACUCACGGAGAAGUACCAGAUUGUCCGACUUCUUGGCCAAGGUACCUUUGGCAAAGUCGUCGAAGCCCGCGAUCGUAAACGCAACAAGGCUGUUGCUGUCAAGAUCAUUCGAUCAGUACAGAAAUACCGGGAUGCAUCAAGAAUUGAACUUCGCGUUCUCGAAACCCUCAAACGAAAUGACGAGGAGAACCGUAAUCGAUGCAUCCAUUUACGAGAUUGUUUCGAUUAUCGCGGCCAUAUUUGUAUUGUCAUGGACUUGCUUGACCAGAGCGUCUUCGACUUCCUAAAGGGCAACGGUUUUGUUCCUUUCCCAAACAGCCAGAUCCAGAGCUUUGCUCGUCAGCUUUUCACCAGUGUUGCUUUUUUGCAUGAUCUCAACUUGAUCCAUACCGAUCUUAAGCCUGAGAACAUCUUGCUCUGCGACCACUCGUACCAGACCUUCACUUAUAACCGCAAGAUUCCUUCGUCCUCGACUACCAUCAACCGACAGGCUACACAACGCCGUGUCCUGUUGGACACUGAGAUUCGGCUGAUCGACUUCGGCUCUGCUACAUUCCAAGACGAGUAUCAUUCUUCUGUGGUUUCGACACGCCAUUACCGCGCACCGGAGAUUAUUUUGGGUCUUGGUUGGUCAUUCCCUUGCGAUAUUUGGAGCAUAGGAUGCAUCCUUGUCGAAUUCUUUACUGGUGAUGCGCUUUUCCAGACCCACGAUAACCUCGAGCAUCUGGCUAUGAUGGAGGCAGUCGUUGGAUCACGAAUCGAUAGCCAUCUUGUCCAAUCUGUGAAUAAGAUGUCAACGCGAAGUGGUGGCAAUGCCGCUUCGAAGUAUUUCAAACGUCUUAGGCUCGAUUAUCCUACACAAGACACGACUCGCGGCUCCCGUCGCUUUGUAAAGGCGAUGAAGCACCUUGAUCAAAUCAUCCCUGGAAAUAACACUUUCCUCAAGAAUUUUGUCGAUCUGCUUAAGAGGAUCUUCGUAUAUGAUCCUGCCCAUCGCAUUACUGCCAAGCAAGCGUUGCAGCAUCCUUGGCUCAAAGAACUGGCUCAGCCUGACGAUGGCACCGAGGCGGCUAAAAUCCGCCAGGAGCGGCUACGAAUGGAGCAAUAUGCCCAGAACCCGAGACAUCAAAAUGUCCGAAGUUGA